AUGUCUUCGAAAGGUCACUGUCCAGGAGACCAGAAUUCUGAAAGACCCCCUAGUUUAUAUACAGAAAGUUCAGACGAUGGUAUAGCUGGACAACAGGAUAUAGUCACAUCACCAAGUAACGUGACAGUAGACGAAGGCGACACCGUAAUACUACAAUGCAGAACCGUCAAUAAAGUUGGAAAUCUCUAUUGGAUCAAAGACGAAGCAGUUUUAAUUUCCUCUGAAACGGAUAUUCUUAUCACGGGUGAUAGACACUCCAUUUCUGGUAAUGUUGGUGAAGGCGAAUACGAUUUACAAAUCGUUGGUGUCACCGGCAGUGAUAGUGGAAACUAUAUGUGUCUUCUUGCAUCCGCUGGUGAACAAGAUCAAAAAUUAACCGAGCCUGCCAAGCUGACAGUUAUAACAAUUGCCACGGAAUCACCUCAAGUCACAACGACCAGGGACGUACCGAUUCAAAGUUUUUCUUUGGAACCUACGGACGCAGAGGUAGGAUACGGAGACACGGUAAUAUUCAGAUGUACUAUUGCUAAUAAAAGAGGUACGCAGGUGUGGUUCAAAGAAGCUAACGGUAUCGCCAUCGAAGAACUGGUGAUCAAUAAUGACGAAAGACUAUCAGUGACCGGGAACCAAAGCGAGGGUGAAUACAACCUAAAAAUUGUGAACGUCACAGAAGAGGAUGCUGGGAACUAUUCAUGCACCGUCAGGGCUAUGGGAAAUUCUCCCGUCAUUUCAUCAGAAGCUACCCUAACUGUCAAGAUCGUACAACAUACUUUUGUGAGCGAACCCGAAUCGGAGACAGUCGAGCUGAACGUAACAGUAACUCUCAACUGCCAGGUAGACAACAAGGAGGGUGACGUAAUAUGGUACAAAGAUGACAUCGCUAUAUCAAAUGAUGACGUAACUAUAAUUGAAGAUGACCGUUAUAGUAUAGUCGGUGACAAUACUAUUGGUGUGUAUAAUCUGCAAAUCGAGUCUACAGUUGGUGGCGAUACGGGCAACUUUCAAUGCAUUGUCACUUCCGGGGAUGACAGCGAUCGGUUAGAAUCUAACGUUGCGAGACUGACUGUUUUAACAAUCCCAACCAUAACAACCGCACCGAUGGACCAGACAGUUGAAGAAGGCGAUGACGUCAUACUCCAAUGUUCAGUUGCCAAUAAAGAUGCUGAAUUGGUAUGGACUAAAGAUGGCGUCACUAUCAGUACAGAUAUGACAACUCAUGACGUCAGGUAUACUAUUCUCGGCAGCCAGUCGCAAUAUAACCUCCACAUUGAUGACGUCACCAGCGCAGAUUCUGGGGUUUAUACUUGCCAAAUGGAGGGUAACCCGCCAGUUGCGGCAUCGGCCAAUCUCAACGUUGCUGUUUUUAUUCCGCCCGAUAGCAAUGGUCCAAUAUGCACCACAGAUGCUCCCGUCAUAUAUGCAGGUGACAGAGUUACUAUUACAUGUGAAAUACAGGCGCCUCAAGCCACACGCGUCUUACCAUAUGAAUCCACUACACUACAGUGUCAGAUAUCCCAAACGUCAGGUCAGGCUGUAUGGUCGAAAGAAGGGGAAGAAAUUAGCGUAGGGCCCACCAUAACUAAUGGUAACAACAGAUACGAUGUAGUAGGUAACCAUGGUGACGGGGAAUAUAACCUGAAGAUAGAUGACAUUAGCGCUGACGAUGAGGGACAAUAUGCAUGUACAAGGUUAUUAGUUACAAGGGCAACCCAGAACUCACCAUUCGUUACUGUUUAUUUGGAUGUUGAUACGGAAACUCCACACCUCUACAAAACUCCUAUCAGUCGUAGUCCUCGUGAAGGAUACCCCGUACAGCUACAAUGUGCCAAGGUCAAUACUGAUGAAGACGACCAAUUACAAUGGCGUAAGGAUGGUCAGCUGAUCAGUCUGGACCAAUCAGUGGAAGGAGCAUACCAAGACAGGAUAUACAUAUCCGGUGAUCACAGUAAAGGGGAAUAUUACUUGAACUUUUACCCCAUAUUGAAGUCUGAUGGUGGUUCAUACACGUGUCAGUUGUCUGACGUCUCGUCAACAUCUGUUACACUCAGUGUCAGAGACGCGUUACCUCCGUCACAUGGCUUCCCGUCAUGCACUGCUCUGGACACCGAACUGGUGAUUGGUAGUAACAUCACUCUUGAGUGCUUAUCACGUGACGGUCAACCCCCAGGUGAAUUACAUUGGAUGAGAGAUCACAAGCGAGUGUCAAGCUACGUCGUCAACAGCGAUGACCCAGAUGUAAUUAUAAUUGGUGUGUCUUUAGUGUUGACCUCCGAUGAUAACGGCGCAACCUAUACCUGUACAUUAGAUCACGUGACAUAUGACGAACCACUCACAUGUGUGACUGGUCCACUGAAUGUCACAGGAACUGAGACCGACUGGCGAGUUUUAGCGAUUACAUUCUGUGUUCUGCUCGGUGUGGCGAUAAUUAUCUUUAUUGUUGUAUGCAUUAUUAUUAUAUGGUGUGUCCGAAAUGCCAACAAAUCUAUUGAAGCCGAUGAAGAGAAUGUAGAAGUGGUAAAUGCUGAUGAUAAGAAAGAUAAUAAGGCACACCCUAAAAAGGAUAACGUUUUACUGAACAAUCUCGACGGGUCUUUAAAAAAGAAGGGCAAAGUAGACACAUCUAGGGACAGAAAGACACCCGGGAAAACUACAUUAACAAACACGUAUUAUCCCCCACCCUCUGAAUACUAUGACGAAACAUUACCAUCAAAUGGUAUUGGAAAACGGAGGCUUCAUUCUAAAAAUGUAGUAACCCCGUCAAAAAGUAAAAGGAUGACUAAUGUUGUGAGAAACCACCAAGACACCCAUACGAUGUGCCUUAUAAGAUUGUAG